AUGCUUUCAACUAGGCGGUAUUUCCACGUAUCUACAAUUUCAAAAAUUCUUCGUCAGUAUUUAUCAUCAAGGUCUAAUCACAGCUAUAUAGCCAAGCCAACGACGAAACUUCAGGAAAGUUAUUAUCACCAUGCAUCAUCUUUGCCAUUCAUCUAUAAAACCGUUGGACAACAUUUAGAUUCUUUAGCGUCCGCAUCACCAAGACACGAAUGUUAUAUUUUCAGCGGUGAAGAUAAACGUUAUACGUACAAAUCGUUUAAAGAUGAAGUGGAUAGUGUCGCCACCUCAUUAUUACAACUUGGUUUUGAAAAACAUGAUCGUCUUGGCGUAUGGUUGCCAAAUACAUCAGAGAAUGUAGCAAUGACCUAUAUUUGUUCAAAACUUGGCAUCAUUAAAGUGAACAUUAAUCCAGCUUAUUUAGAGCGUGAAUUACAAUAUUGUUUAAAUAAAGUCGGUUGUAAAGGACUUAUUAUGCAGCCAAAAGUAAAAACAAUCGAUUGUUUAAAUAUUUUACAUAAAAUUACACCAGAACUUCAACAUUCAAAACCUGGUGAUUUAAAAUCACAGGCCGUUCCAACAUUAAAACAUGUGAUAUUAACGGGAUCAAAAUCCGUUGCGAGUAUGCAUUCUUACAAUGAAUUAUUAAAUAAUGGCGGUAAUGGAAGACAAAAAACAUUGUUUGAAUAUCAAGAUUUAAUGGAUUCCGAUACGCCCUUAGCCAUUUUUUACACAUCAGGUACUACGGGUACGCCUAAAGCAGCCACGCUAACAAAUUUCAAUAUAAUAAAUAACGGUCAUGCUCUACAAGCAAUAGAUCCGGAUUUUAUGAAAAAAGUAUGUUGUCCAAUACCAUUGUUUCAUAUAUUUGGUGAAGUAUGUGGAACAUUUAAUGCAUCAAUAGACGGAAAUACAGUCGUCUUUCCUGCCCUAUUACCGGAUACGGUAGCCACAAUGAAAUCAAUUAAUGAAGAAAAGUGUACAGCGAUUAUAGGAGCACCCAUUAUAUUUCGAGAUCUACUGUCGCAUAGUGAUCGAAAAAAAUAUAAUUUGAGUUCGUUGGAAUUUGCAAUUAUUGGUGCAGCUCCAAGUGCUCCUGCUUUGUUAGAACAAUUAGAACAAGAAAUACCAAUUAAAAAUGUAUGUCAAGGCUAUGGUAUGACAGAAAAUGCUGCUGCAAUGACAUUGAGCGCAUUUGCUGGAAGUGAUAAAAUAAAACGAUUUGGUUCAGUUGGUAAAGCUAUGCCACGUCUAGAAGUGAAAUUAGUGAACGAAAAUGGUGAAACGGUGGCUGUUGGUCAUGAAGGUGAAGUAUGGGUAAGAGGAUACAAUGUUAUGAAAGGAUAUUAUGGUGAUUUAGAUAAAACACGUGAAAUACUAACCGAAUCAAAUUGGUUAAAAACAGGAGACGUUGCUGUAAUGGAUGAAGAAGGUUAUCUCUAUUUUCGUUCAAGACAAAAAGAAAUGGUUAUUAUCGGUGGUAUUAAUGUUUACCCAACUGAAAUUGAAAAUGUUAUUACUGAACAUCCAAAAAUAGCCGAAGCACAAGUGUUUGGUGUUACCGAUAAACGCUAUGGUGAGGAACUAUGUGCAUGGAUCAAAUUGAAACCGAAUGAACAUAUUGAUAUUAAAGAUAUUGAAGGAUUUUUAUCGAACAGAGUGGCUUUUUUUAAAAUUCCAAAACAUAUCAAAAUUGUUAAUUCGUUUGCUGACUAUACGACACCAACAGGAAAAGUUCAAAAAUUUAAAUUAUCACAUACAGUGGCCAAAGAAUUGAAUAGAAUUUAG